UUGACUUGAAUGUUUGGUGACAUUUUCAGUGUUUUCCACUUCAACUAACACACCCUACCGACAAGAGAUUACAAAGAAUCAGACCACUGAAUCAUCACUUUUGCAGCUGCCAAUCACAUACCCAUCAAACCAUUUCAUCACAUUUCUCCCAAGUACGAGUUGCGAAAAUGUUGGGCGACACUGAUCGACUCUCAGAACUGAGAACAUCAAAAGACCAAAUACUCGCAGACUCUGGGUCUGAAUUCAGUGAUCACGAAGAAGAGGAAAAUUGUUCGGAACAGAUACUUUACUCGGCUUCCUUUGAAGAACUUGCGCGCAACAGUAUUAAAUAUGAUACAAUCAUAUGGCUUUCUAUAUCAUUACUGCUUGUUUUAGCUUGGGGAAUUGGUCUUUUAAUGUUGCUUUACCUUCCCUUUAGGAGAUAUGUACUUCGAAAGGAUUUCGCUUCUCGCAGAUUAUAUGUUAUGCAAACUGAAAUAGUUUACAAGGUGUCAAGGCCUUCGUUUAUACCGUUUUGGGGGACCAUAACAAUCAAGAGACGCGUACCUCUUUCUUUGGUGAUUGAUAUUAUUAUUGAACAAGGUUGUGUGCAGUCUAUAUACGGUGUCCACACUUUUCGAGUUGAAAGUAUUGCUCAUGGAAAGGCUGCUCCUGUAGAUGUACUACAACUUCAGGGAGUUUCUGACCCCAAUCUUUUCAGAAAGGUGAUCAUAACAGAAGCUUCUAAGAUCUCAGGAGAUUUGAGUAAAAAUUGGAAGCAUAUUGCUCCAAGCAUAGACGUGCAAAACAUGGCUCGUAUGUCAGCGACAACGGAGGGACCGGGCGUUUCGAAACCACCAUCUACAAGUCAUAAGGUGAUAGGCUCGCCGCGUUCUUCUUCAGUAGAGCGCAGAAUAGGCGGAGGAUUGCUUCUUAAUAAACUAGAAGAAGUCAGUAAAUCAGUAAAGAGACUUGAGCUGCUUAUCGAGAAGUCGCACGGUUCCCUCGCCCGCUAGCUGAAGUAGGUCAUAUGCCAGCCCUGCAAGAUUUGAAUUGAGUUGUAGUCUAUGAAGCACAGACAUGACAUCAACAUCGGUAAUAAUUUA